AUGCUGUUAUCUUCGAAUCCGUCGAAUCUACCUGCUGGCCAGGAGACCGACGUUGUCGAGGACGUGGACGAACCUCCGGACUCCCACUUCCUUUCUUCUGAGGCGGUGACUAUCCAUCACCCUCACACUGAUGGCCAGCUCUACUUCAAGUCACCACCUACGGUACCGGAGCGGAAGGAGUCUCUCCUGACCCGCGCCCUGUUGAAUAGCCCCGACCUCCUCCCGGCCGAUCGGAAAUCCCAUCACAGUCCCCCUUCUUAUCCGCACAGCAAUGCCAGCGGUCAUUCCACGGCAGAGCUGACCAGUGACGGCGACCUCACGAGCCCGGCCUUGUCCAAUACCCCCAGCCCGCCCAUUCCGUCUCAGCUAGGCGGUGUGCACAAUCUGAUCCUCCAACGGAAGCCGACCCCUCCCGCCGAUCCGAGCGAAUCAAAUGUUGAAGCCAAUCUAGGCCGCAAGCGUUGCAUCACCUUUGCUUGUGCCAACCGACAAAAGGAGACGGAGAAGGAGACGGUGACGGACAAGAACGCUGCUGUCGAGCCUCCCCAGCGGAAGACGACCCUGACUUUCGCCUGCCCGGCUCGCCAGCCCGAGGUCAGGGCUCCGACAAAUGGUACCCCUCGGAGAGCUUCUUUCCGUUCCCGGCCCCGUGGAUCUCCAGCUCCAGUUGCUCGCAGAUCACCCCCGGCUGAAGAGGUUGCUUCCCAAACUCGAAGCGCGAGUGAGGCCCCGCCGUCUCAACCGCAGAGAAAGCCCGGGAGCAUCCACAUCAGUGGCCUGGGUGGAUUCCACCCCUCCGAGGAAACGAGGUUUCACGAGUUCGCAAGUUCGGUCGAGGAGGUCGACGAAUGGGUGAUCCGGCCGACCGAGUAUAAAGACAAAAUUACGCUGAAUGACUGCAUGAAGAAAGAGAACGCGAUCCGAAAACUCGGGGAGGAAGCAGAAGCGGAGGCAAUGGCAGAGGAAGAAGAAGAAGAGGAAGAAGAAAAUGAAGAUGACGAUGACGACGAGGCUGACGCGGAUGAAGAAGCUGGAGAGGAAGACGACUCGACCGUUCACGAUUUCUCCUCGGACGAUGGCAACGAGUCGGACAACGAGGCCGGCUUCGCUGAUUCGGACGACGAGAGUGAUGACGGUUCCGACUACAGAUUCUGGGCCCCCUCCACCACGACUGCUGCCACGAGCGCGGAGAACAUGGAUCUUGGCCGUCUGGCUGCGGAACGCAGGAAUUCCAACACAUCCAUCGAGUCUUUGAAACAGGACGAAGCGCAGCCAUGGCUCCCCGCGCCUGCUCGCCGAGGCAGAGCUCACCGCGCCAUCAAGAUUCCCAAGACGCGUCCCGAGACUCCCGACCUUCCGGAUAGCACCGACUUUGUGUGUGGGACCCUGGACGAGGAUCGCCCUCUCGAGGCCGCCUACAUCUCCUGCAUGGAGGAACGGCGUCGUAAGAAGCAUGUCCCGGUUCCCCAGGAUAUUGAUCCGAGUUUCCCGACCACGGACCCCGAAGACAAUGACUUGGAUGAGGAGGAUGACGAAGACCUCGAGCGCACGGCCAGGGUCGAGGAGGAGCUGCUGCGCGGCAGAGCCAAGGGCUCGUCUCGGAGGACCUCGCCGCGUGUGUCUCCCAAGCGGCCCCUUUCUCCCGCUCCCCGUGUGCGUGGUCACAAUUCCCCCAAACGCAUGAAGUCUCCCGCCCCGAAGCAGCGGUCCGGUUCCAACGCGGGACUGCCCGUCCUCGCGGGGCCGACGCACCCUGAGGGAGUGAACAUCACCGGACCGGUUCAGCGACCGAACUGCAACCGAACCAAGUCUCUUCCCCGGACGCCGAAUCCAUUCUUCAUCGACAUGGAGAAAGAGCGUCAGUCAUCCGUUGCUCCCUCGUUGGCGCAGUCCCCGGAACGCGGGGUGUCUCGUACGCGCGAGAUGCAUACCCGGGGCCCCAUUGACAUCAUCCAGGGUCUCGAGCGGAAGCGUCAGAAGCGGAAGGAGAAGUUCUGGCGCCAGCAUUGCCGCAAGGCUGCCAAGGAGCAGGAGCGUCGCCCCGUGCCGGGCAAAGGGGCCGAGCGCAUGAAGGAGCUGGGCCUGGAAAUGGCAGAGAGAUUCAAAGCUUACGGCGCCGGUCAAGGCCCGCAGUUGGUUCUCUCAGUUUAG